CUAUGAAUGUUUCAGGGAAUGUACUAAGCGUUGUGUCUAACGUGAAUACUCCACCUCAAGCAAAAGCAACAAUACUGAGCCCACGAUAUCCCUUACCGCUUGCAUUGGUCAAGUCACCUGCAAGAUGUUUAAGAUUUCAAUAUCGGCUGUUSGGGCCUGGGGCCAAUGCACUUAARCUAUAUCAAAUCCUAGAUGACAAAAUGUUCCCAUGGAGACCAAUAUGGAUUGAUACAGAUAACAAUUUAAGUGGUUGGAAGGAAGGUCAGGUCACUCUAUCAGCUGUAACUGCAUAUCAGAUUGCUAUAGAGGGACAUAUGUCCAAUGAGCCAGGGCUGAUAUCAAUAGGGGCAUUGUAUACUACUGAAGAAUACUGUGAUACUUUACCCACAAGAGCAAAUGAAGCCUGUAAUGAAACCUUUACAAACAAAUCUGGCGUUAUCAUGUCUCCCUGCUAUCCUAGUUAUUACAGGAAUAACGCAAAUUGCAACUCGACUAUCAUAGCAAACCAAGGUUAUGUGAUUCGGCUAGAUAUUGCUGAGUUUGAACUGGAAAUGAGCACACGAUGUGAGGACGACUCGGUUGAUGUUUAUGAUGGUGGUAAACGGAUUGGUCGAUAUUGCGGUAUAAGUUAUCCAGCCUUCAUUCAGUCAACUACAAACCACCUUUCAGUGCUGUUUCGAUCAGACGCGAAGACCAUUCGUACAGGGUUUUUGGCGCGAUACCAAAUCCUGAAAGAUAAUGACACAAACAAAGACUGUUUACAAGACUGCCCAGCUGAAUGUGUAUGCCGAAAGCUAUCAGAUGGAAGAAUAGUCGUCUCGUCAAAAUCUCUUAAUGCAGUUCCUCGUCGACUUCCCCGCGAAACAACUGUUGUCUUGUUUUCUGARAAUAAAAUUUUCCUGAUAAAGAGCAAGUCCUUCCAGAGUUAUCAGCGACUGGCUUUCAUAGACCUGAGUUACAACAAGAUAAUUCAGAUCAAUGAAGAAGCGUUCUCUAUACUGCCAUCACUUCAUACUUUGUGAGUAUAAAGACGCGAGACCGGAUAAGACGAACACUAAAUAGUGUUGAUUCGACA